GGGGGAUGAGCCGGACUGAGCGGCCUGCAUGCUGACACAGAGCCGCAGAUCUGAAGACCUGCAUUUUAUGAAGACAGAUUGAAAAUUGGACUUAAAGGAUGGUGACCCUGGAAUCAGAAGAGGCUCCUGUGCCUCUGACGGCAUUGUCACGCUGGUAUCUCUACGCCAUCCAUGGCUACUUUUGUGAGGUCAUGUUCACUGCGGCGUGGGAGUUUGUGGUCAACUGCAAUUGGAAAUUCCCCGGCGUCACCAGCGUGUGGGCUCUUUUCAUUUACGGCACCUGCAUCCUUAUCGUAGAGCGAAUGUAUCUGAAGCUGCGCGGCCGCUGGCCCGUGCUGCUGCGCUGCAUCAUAUACACUUUAUGGACGUACCUGUGGGAGUUCGGCACGGGGCUGCUGCUUCGCCAGUUCAACGCCUGCCCCUGGGACUACUCUGAGUUUCGCUACAAUUUUAUGGGACUGAUCACAGCUGAGUACGCUGUGCCGUGGUUCUGCGCCUCCUUCAUUGUGGAGCGCCUGGUCAUCCGCAAAACACUACGACUACGUUUCCACGAGGGGCCGGAGGAUGGCUGGUCAAACCAUCGACUGGAUGCGGGGGGUGGAAGAGGAGCAGGGGGAACUUUGGGGGGUGGGAGAAGAAGGGAAGGGAUGGGAAAUAGUGCUAAUGGCUACCUUAAAGGAGAAUGAAUGUGGUAGAAAAAGAGGCAAGGAUGCAAAUGUGAAAGCAGCCCAGUCGCCCUGCUCCACCUCUUCUACCCUCCUCAAGCCUCUUUUCAUAAGCAGACCUCCACCAUUAACUGUACGGGGGAAGCAGAUCGACAGUUCUGUAGACUGGGCUGGUGUGCAGAGGUGUGUCGAAUACUCCAAACUCAAAACAGCCAAAAAAACACAACUCACUGAGGCUUCAAUUGCCCACUCACCCACUGUGUCCUCAGGCAGAGGGGACACGCUCUGUUUCAUGCUGCUGUGUUCACUGCGUCCCAUAAUGCACCCACCCAUUUCCACGUGGGGACCACCUGAAGGAGAUCACAGUCUUCGAAUAAUAUCAAAGGAUCUUUGACCAGCUGGGAUUACACACCAGUUUCUCCAUGUCCCAUCCAACUGCAAACCACUUGGGAUUAAAAAAAUAAUAAUAAUAAAAUAAAAUAAAAUAAAUAAGUAAAGUUGCUGAGAAGAACCAGAUUCAGGAACAAUGACAGCAUUUCUGAUUUUUGAGGAAGAAUCAGUCUGAAUGCU